AUGGCCACUCAACGUCAAGAAACUGCAGGCUUAAAUAGUGACGAAAGUAUUGCUAACGCCGUUCCAUUAACAGAAUCAAAUGAAGUGGGACAGUCCAUAAAAGAAGCAGACAAUAGUCAGGAUCAGUCUCUACAAUUAAUUAUCAACGAAUUGGAAGGGAAAGUAAAACAAUUGGAACACGAACUUAAACAGGAGAGAGAGACAAGAAAGACACUAGAAGAGAAGCUUAAUCGAAGUUUGUUUAAUAUCGACAACAUCAAAGAAAACGAUAAUUUAAUGAGAUUCUACACUGGCUUCAACAGUUAUGCUGUUUUUACUACAGUUCUUAAUUUCCUUGGAAGAGAAGCAGCAAAACAGUUAAAUUACACUAACACUGAACUAGUGCAGAAUCCACCCAAGAGAGAGAAGCAAGGUCCAAGAAGAGCUCUCUCUGUGGAAAAUGAAUUAUUUCUCUUGCUGUGUCGUUACAAAGUUGGUCUUUUAGAGGAGGAUGUAGCAGUCAGAUUUGGUAUUUGCCAAAGUCUUGUGAGCCGAAUCAUCAUUACAUGGACAAAGUUCAUAUAUUUUAGAUUCUCAGAGCUAGACAUUUUCCCAACAAGGGAGGUAAUUGAAGCACAUAAACCUGAAUGCUUCAGGAAUAAAUACAAUGGUACAACAGUGAUAAUUGAUGCAACUGAAUUGUACAUUGAAACACCAACUAAUCCUGAAGCACAGCAGCUCACUUUCUCUACCUAUAAAAACGGCAAUACUCUGAAGGCCCUAGUUGGAAUUACACCAAGUGGUAGUGUUUGUUUUGUGUCUAAUCUUUAUGGUGGGUCUAUCUCUGACAAAGAGAUAACUGUGAAAUCUAAACUCAUGGAUAAACUUCAAUAUGGAGAUGAAGUGAUGGCUGACAGAGGAUUCAAUAUCCAAGAAUUACUAGCAAGUAAAGGGGUUAAAGUAAAUGUUCCACCUUAUAUGAAUGAGGCAGGACAAUUUACUGAACAAGAAAUGCUCAACACAAGAAGAAUUGCAUCAUUGCGAAUCCAUGUAGAGAGAGCUAUCGAGCGCAUCAAAAACUAUCACAUUUUAGAUUUUAUUCCCAUUACUGUCUGCAAGAAUGGGCUGGUUGACAUGAUUUUCUUUAAUUGUGCUAUGUUCACAAACUUUUUGCCACCUCUGGUGAAAUGA